AUGCCGGUGGUCAAAGGAGGUGUCUGGACAAAUAUCGAAGAUGAGGUGCUUCGAGCGGCGGUGUCCAAGUAUGGUCUCAACCAGUGGGCGCGAGUAUCCUCACUGCUAGCUAGAAAAACCCCAAAGCAAUGCAAGGCUCGAUGGGUGGAGUGGUUGGAUCCCGGCAUCCGGAAGGUCGAGUGGUCAAGGGAGGAGGAUGAGAAACUACUGCAUUUGGCCAAGUUGAUGCCCACUCAGUGGCGUACUAUUGCACCGAUUGUUGGACGCACAGCUACUCAAUGCCUCGAGCGCUACCAGAAAUUGUUGGACGAGGCGGAAGCUCGUGAAAACGAUGAGCUUGGCCUAGGCGGUCCCGAGGGUGGGGAGACCGCUGCACCAAGUGCGGACGAUGUGAGACGGUUACGCCCCGGCGAAUUAGAUCCCGACCCUGAAUCGAAGCCCGCUCGCCCAGAUACAAUUGACCUUGACGAAGAUGAGAAGGAGAUGCUGAGUGAAGCCAGAGCUCGUUUGGCGAACACACAAGGAAAGAAAGCAAAGCGAAAGGCUAGAGAACGACAACUGGAAGAAUCUCGGAGACUUGCAGUGCUUCAGAAGCGUCGUGAACUCAAAAAUGCUGGUAUCAACAUCAAGGUUGUCACCCGAAAGAAGGGUGAGAUGGAUUACAAUGCCGAUAUCCCUUUCGAAAAGCCGGCAGCCCCUGGUUUCUACGAUACAAUGGAGGAAGAAGCUAGGAAUGAGAGGCAGCGCGAAAUGUUCGACCCCCGUAAGCAACAGCUUGCCAACAAGCGCAAAGGAGACCAAGACGAGGAGGCGGAGCGCAAGAAGAGGAAAAAUGAUAAGAACAGCAACUCUGCUGCUUCGGCAGCAGCAGCAAGAGCUGGUCAAAUGCAGAAGAUCCGCGAGGCGGAGCAGAGUAGCAAAAGAAGAGCCCUUGUCUUACCAAGCCCUCAGGUUAGUGAAAGUGAAAUGGAGGAUAUCAUCAAGAUGGGUAUGGCAGGUGAUAAGGCCAGCAAAAUGGCUGGGGAUGAAGAAAUGACACGAGGCUUGCUUGGAAAUUAUUCGGCAAUUGUUGGCGGGACACCGAUCAGGACCCCUCGCGCUGCGCCGGAGGAAGAUCAUAUCGCCAAUGAGAUUAAGAACAUCAGAGCCCUUACUGAAACCCAAUCGUCAUUGCUGGGAGGAGAGAACACACCUUUGCACGAGGGAGGAUCUUCUACUGGUUUUGAUGGUAUUGCACCACGGCGCCAGGAGAUUGUCACACCGAACCCUAUGGCUACGCCUUUCCGACAGGCGAAUGGUGGUGUCGGUGCGACACCUAUGCGAGGAGGUGUUGGCCCGGGGGCGACUCCUCUGCGAACCCCCCGUGACCAUUUCUCCUUGAAUCAGAUGGAAGGGGGACAGCUUGUCGGGAGCACUCCAAAGGAGAUCAAGAUGCACGAGAAUUUUAUACGCCAAAGCAUCCGCAGCAAGCUUUCCGCGCUGCCAAAACCAAAAGAAACCGAAUGGGAACUGGAAGAACUUCCUUCAGAGUCUACAGAGCCAACCGCCAGUGAGGAAUAUGUGGAAGAGGACAUGGCAGAGCGUGAUAGGAGGGAAAGAGAGGCGCGAGAGAAGGCAGCCCAGGCUGAAUUAAAGCGUCAAUCACAAGUCUAUCAGCGAUCACUCCCCCGUCCAAGUGUUCUAGAUAUAGACGUGCUGGUUGAACGUGCGUCGCAAGUGACGGAUCCGAUUGCCGGCAUGAUCUCCAAAGAGGCUGCUUUGCUGAUUGCUCACGAUGCCCGAAAGUUCCCCGUUCCUAGUGCUAAGGUAGAGGGCAAAUCACGGAAAGUGGAACGGUUUGAUGACGCGUUGAUAGAAGCAGCCCGUACUGCUAUUGCCACCGAAGCCAAUUCUAGUGAAAAGAAACCAGAGUGGACAGAAGACUUCGAUGCUCAGUGGACAACUGCACAUUCGAAGGCUCUUCCAGGUCUCUCCAGUUAUGCCGACGACGGAGAGGACGAUUACCAACAAGAGCAACGUAUGAUUGGUGUUUUUGACAAUGUGCAAGCCUCUCUUCUUGCCACGGCCGAGAGAGGAAACAAACUUGAGAAGAAGCUUGCGCUACAUUACGGUGGAUAUCAAAACCGGGCGAAGAUGCUACGGACUAAGAUACUUGAAGCCAGCGCUGCUUUGGAGACGUCAAAGGAUGAGCUAGAUGCAUUCCGUAACCUACAGAUUUCCGAGGAGGCGGCCAUUUCCACGAGGCUAGAGAAGCUGCGGGACGAUGUGGCUUUUGUCAUGAGAAGAGAGCGUGAAGCUCAAGAAGUAUACCGGACCCGAAAAGAGGAGCUUGAUGAGCUCGUUGCAGGGACAGGGGGAAUGGUUAACGGAUGGCAUUGA